CGGCAGGGCGCCAACACAGUUCUCCUUAGCAAGGGGGAUAUAUAAAGUGUCCAUUAACUUAUAAUUUUUUUAAUUGUGUCAAGUAAAAAAAAAAAAUUUUUUUUUGUUAACUCUCUCCUAGAUUUAAGCCGGUAGUAGUCAGUUAAUUUCACAGAAUACCUUGCCAUGAGGACGUACGUCGUAUUAGCCGCCAUUCUUCUCGCCGGUGCAAGGGCGCAGGAGGGUUUCAAAUGUCCAGAUGAUUUUGGAUUCUAUCCACAUCACACUUCAUGUGACAAAUAUUGGAAAUGUGAUAGCAAUGUUGCCGAAUUAAAGACAUGCGGCAAUGGUUUGGCAUUCGAUGCAUCCGAUUCGAAAUUCCUCACGGAAAAUUGUGAUUAUUUACACAAUGUUGAUUGCGGUGAGAGAACACAAUUGGAACCACCAAUUACCACUCCACAUUGUUCACGACUCUACGGUAUUUUCCCCGAUGACAAAAAAUGUGACGUCUUUUGGAAUUGUUGGAACGGCGAGGCCUCUAGGUAUCAAUGCAGUCCCGGAUUAGCUUACGAUCGUGAGGCUCGAGUUUGCAUGUGGGCCGAUCAAGUCCCUGAAUGCAAAAAUGAAGAAAUUGCUGGAGGAUUCACGUGUCCAGCUGCUGGAGAAGUGAGUGGAAGUUCCGGAAGUUUCUCGAGACACGCGCAUCCAGAUGAUUGCAGAAAAUACUACAUUUGCUUAGAGGGAAUUGCCCGAGAAUACGGAUGUCCAAUUGGUACCGUUUUCAAAAUCGGCGACUCUGACGGAAGUGGCGCUUGCGAAGACCCUGAAGACGUUCCCGGAUGCGAGGACUACUACGGUGAUGUGGAUCUAAAAGCACUUAGAAAAUUGGGAUUCAAAAAAUGAGAACCUGCCGUACAAGAAAAACAAGCUGUUUACAAAUUCACGAAGAGAAGAAAAAGACUAGAAAAUGUUGGAAGAAAUUACAUCUUGAUUUCCAAUAAUAAUUAAUUUGAUUUUUGCCAGUAUCUCUCGUAUAUAUGGUCACGCUCUCUAAUCACAGAGGCCUUUCAUUAUUCCUCGUAUAUUUAAGAAUCUUUCUACUUUAAUGUUAUUAUUACUAUUAUUAUUUAAAUACGAAAAAAAAAUAAUUUAAUUUUUUUUUAAAUAAUUUAAAUAAAAAGAUUUUAAAUA